AUGUUCAAGACAUGGUCCGCUACCGUACUGCCGGCUUGUUUCGAGGCCAAGACUGCUUUGCAUGGUAAGGAGGCUGUUGCACAUGCGCUGCAUGGCAAUAUUAGCACGGCCUUCCGUUCAUUUCGCCGCCUCCAUCGCUCCCGUAUCAAGUCUCUUGGCACAUCGGAUAUCUGUACUUUGCACAGCCUGAACGGAAUAGGACUAAUGCAUCAUGCUGUGGGCAAUGUUUCCGAGGCGGCACAGUACCACCAAAGCUGCCUCCAGUCGAAAAGUAAGUUACUGGGGCCUGAAGACCCCGAUACGCUGGUUAGCGCGAACAACCUCGGAAUCGCCCUGCUGAGCCAGGGCAACAACGAUGCGGCAAAAAAACUCUUUGAUAAGUCCCUCAAAGGCUGGUCGCAAGCUUAUGGUGCUGACGACCUCUUCGUCAUCGCGGCAAGAAGCAAUCAGGGUAUUGCGCUCCAUUUCCAGGGCAAACUCGACGAGGCUGAGCACAGCCAUCGCUACGUGUACAAAAAGCGCCACCAUAUCUUAGGUCCACACCAUCACGAAACGGUCAAAAGCCAAGCGAAUCUUGCCAUCACGCUCAAUGAACAAGGGCAUCAUGCAGAAGCUGAAGGAUUAUAUCGUGAAGCUCUCACCAUCUUCCAGGCGAAGCUCGGGGAAAUGCAUCCAGACACACUGAAAACACAUACCAACCUAGCUACUGUCCUUCAUGACCAGGGCAAGUUCAGACAAGCGGAACUCGUGGUCGCUUCAGCUGUCCCCCUUAUGCAAAAGAAGCUUGGGGCGACGCACGUCGAAACCUUGGGGGCUCUGGAAUUCCGCGCCAUCCUUCUACAACACCUAGGGAAGUUCUUGAAGGCCCACGGUCUUGCCACAGAACUAUACGAGGUACGCGAAAAGAAGCUUGGAUACUAUCACGAUGACACGCAAAGGAGUCUACAGCAUUUGAGAGACUUGGCAGAGGAUGUGGAAGAGGCGCAUGUCAAGCGCAGGUUUCCUUCAGCCGUUCCGGUCGCUGUUUGCUAG